AUGUCACGCCCCCCAAAGAGGCCAGCAGCGCUCGACAGCAACCUUCGGCAACUUAUGUCACGUCGAGGAGUGAUGAUGCCUUCAAACCAUCGUCUUGGCUCGUACUCAGGCUUACCUGCGCUUAACAAGAAAAACGACAUCGCUGCAGUUGAUCAAUCAGCUGGUGCGUCGUCCGAACCACCCCGUAAGCGAUUAAGGUUUGCAGAAGACGCUGUCACUGGCAUUGUCGGAUCCGAGAAAGUCUCAUUUACUGUGCAUCAACGCUUACUAUGCGAUGCUUCCAAGUUCUUCAAAGACGCUCUAUCCGGAGGCUUCAAAGAGGCGACCAAGAAACAAGUGAGGCUUCCCGAUGUCACUCCUACUAGCUUCGAAAGCUUUCUUUCGUGGCUUUACUCUAGCUUCCCGGGUCAGACACACAUGAUAGAGGAAUUGAAGACCAGCGUUCCGUAUUUAUGCUGGUCGCUGGCUCUGCAACUUUACACACUAGCCCAUUAUCUCCAGUGUCCAGCCUUCGGCAACAAUGUCAUUACUUGCAUCCGAACUCGACUUGACGAUGACUUGCCAAUUACCGAGCCUAACGCCCAGCAGAUCACAGACAUCUAUUCUCAGACCUUAGGUGAUUGUGGUCUUCGCCGCUUGAUUGUACUUAUGCAUACUAUAGUACCGAGUGACGAGGCACUGCUGAGUACCGCAGAGCAGAUAAGUGCAUGGAUAGAAAAUGUGCCGGCAGAGUUCACUAGGAAUCUUAAUGUCAGGUUGAUGAUUGAGAAUGUCAGAUGGGUUUCAGGCUUUUGGGCCCAAGGUUGGGUGGUUGAGCGAGUGGAAGAUGACGAAGUGGGAUAUUCAGUAGAGAACAACGAUCUGGGAAAGCCAGCCGCUCAUUAA